AUGUUGCAGCUGUCACUAGCCCUGCUGCUAUUUCUGGCUCUUUUCGCUAGCCUAGAAGCAGCACCUUCCCCAUCAUCUGGAUUAAAACAAGAGAAACUUGUGCGGGUAUAUGAAAUCAAUGAGGCACAGUACAAGCGGAUUUUGCAACUGACCAAUGGCAGGAAUGUAAUAUCGGAGGCUCGGUUGAUCAACGGAGGCAUCUCCACCGUAGGCGAGACUUUGAAUUCCGGUUGGAACUCUCUUCUACGGAUCGUGGGUCUGACCACCGUCAGAAAGGCUGAUGAGGCCGAGAAGGUGGACUUUGAAGGUCAGCCCUUAUGUGUGAUCAAGACACGAGAGGGCGAGAGUAGGGGCGAGGAAGUGAUCUCAGCACGAAGCUCGGGAUCAGCCGACGAGGCCGAAGAAGAGGAUUCCACUAUCCACUGCAUAGUGGUGCUCAAGAAGGACAGCGACUUUGAGCUGCCCACCCAGGAUCCUCAUCCAAACUUCGUCCAGUACUGGAAUAAACCACAGACCCCUACUCCUGUAGAGGAAUCCCCUGUUCAAAAUAAGCCUGAAGAAGUGUCUGAGGAGGAAGUGGCCAUUGAGGAGACCACUCCAGCUCCUUUAAAAAAGAAGAAGAUCAACAAGAGCACUUAUCCAAAGGAAGCCGGUUUGGAGGAGGAAUCGGAUAAAUCCCGACAGUAUCCUUACCCACCAGUGCCGCCACAGUAUGGAGCUGCCUAUCCACCUCCACCCCCUCCUUAUGGAGGCUAUCCCUACCCUACCUAUCCCAAUCCCCAGCCUUAUCCCAACCCGCAGCCUUAUCCCAUUCCUCAGCUUUAUCCGAACCCUCAGGCAUUUGGUCCUCAACUUCCCAUCGGACCUUCACCCUAUGGACAGUCACCUUAUGGACAAUACCCGCAGCCCAUCUAUAACCCCCAACCGCCCAUUGGUCCCUAUCCUCAACCUAUUUAUGGAUCUAAUGGAAAUCCACACUUGGAUCUUCAGGCCCAUUUGGCCCAGGGAAAUGCAAUCGAGGAUAAAGAGAAGGCCGAGGCUGAUGACGACCUGGAAUCAGAUGAAGACUCCUACGAGUCCGAAGAUGAAGAUGACUAUCGCUAUAAGAAACGUUAUUACUCCCAAAAGCCUUUGUACCUUCAAGAAACGUAUAAUAACUAA